AUGGCCAACGUGAGGAGAAGUAGCAGCACUGAUGAGGUGUCACAAGAGUUCUGUGAGAAAAAGCCACAUCUCCUCAUUUUUCAGAGGCAAUGGCAGGGACAGGCGGGGCUGGAGAUUCCACCGCUCAACGUGGCUGCCUCCGUCAGCCUCAUGGUUCCUGCUGUGGGUUCCAGGCAGAGAUCCAAGGUUGCCAGCGGUGAUGCUGGCCCUGAAUGGGAUAGGAUUUUGUCAUGGCUAAGUAAAUUCCACUGA